ACCCCUAGUAUGUACUCAUCCACCCAUGCAGACCAGACCACACCCCUAGUAUGUACUCAUCCACCCAUGCAGACCAGACCACACCCCUAGUAUGUACUCAUCCACCCAUGCAGACCAGACCACACCCCUAGUAUGUACUCAUCCACCCAUGCAGACCAGACCACACCCCUAGUAUGUACUCAUCCACCCAUUCAGACCAGACCACACCCCUCGUAUGUACUCAUCCACCCAUGCAGACCAGACCACACCCUAGUAUGUACUCAUCCACCCAUGCAGACCAGACCACACCCCUAGUAUGUACUCAUCCACCCAUGCAGACCAGACCACACCCCUAGUAUGUACUCAUCCACCCAUGCAGACCAGACCACACCCCUAGUAUGUACUCAUCCAACCAUUCAGACCAGACCACACCCCUAGUAUGUACUCAUCCACCCAUGCAGACCAGACCACACCCCUAGUAUGUACUCAUCCACCCAUGCAGACCAGACCACACCCCUAGUAUGUACUCAUCCACCCAUGCAGACCAGACCACACCCCUAGUAUGUACUCAUCCACCCAUUCAGACCAGACCACACCCCUAGUAUGUACUCAUCCAUCCAUUCAGACCAGACCACACCCCUAGUAUGUACUCAUCCAUCCACCCACCACCCAUGCAGACCAGACCACACCCCUACCAUGUACUCGUCCAUCCAUUCAGACCAGACCACACCCCUACCAUGUACUCAUCCAUCCAUUCAGACCAGACCACACCCCUAGUAUGUACUCAUCCAUCCAUUCAGACCAGACCACACCCCUAGUAUGUACUCAUCCAUCCAUUCAGACCAGACCACACCCCUAGUAUGUACUCAUCCAUCCAUUCAGACCAGACCACACCCCUAGUAUGUACUCAUCCAUCCAUUCAGACCAGACCACAUCCCUAGUAUGUACUCAUCCAUCCACCCACCACCCAUGCAGACCAGACCACACCCCUAGUAUUUACUCAUCCAUCCACCCACCACCCAUGCAGACCAGACCACACCCCUAGUAUGUACUCAUCCAUCCACCCACCACCCAUGCAGACCAGACCACACCCCUAGUAUGUACUCAUCCAUCCACCCACCACCCUUGCAGACCAGACCACACCCCUAGUAUGUACUUAUCCAUCCACUCACCACCCAUGCAGACCAGACCACACCCCUAGUAUGUACUCAUCCAUCCACCCACCACCCAUGCAGACCAGACCACACCCCUAGUAUGUACUCAUCCAUCCACCCACCACCCAUUCAGACCAGACCACACCCCUAGUAUUUACUCAUCCAUCCACCCACCACCCAUGCAGACUAGACCACACCCCUAGUAUGUACUCAUCCAUCCACCCACCACCCAUGCAGACUAGACCACACCCCUUCCAUGUACUCAUCCAUCCACCCACCACCCAUGCAGACUAGACCACACCCCUAGUAUGUACUCAUCCAUCCACCCACCACCCAUGCAGACUAGACCACACCCCUUCCAUGUACUCAUCCAUCCACCCACCACCCAUGCAGACCAGACCACACCCCUAGUAUGUACUCAUCCAUCCACCCACCACCCAUGCAGACCAGACCACACCCCUUCCAUGUACUCAUCCAUCCAUCAUCCACCCAUGCAGACUAGACCACACCCCUUCAUGUACUCAUCCAUCCAUCAUCCACCCAUGCAGACUAGACCACACCCCUUCCAUGUCCUCAUCCAUCCAUCCACCACCCAUGCAAUCUAGACCACACCCCUACCAUGUACUCAUCCAUCCAGCCACCACCCAUGCAUACUAGACCACACCCCUACCAUGUACUCUUCUAUCCAAUCACCACCCAUGCAGACCAGACCACACCCCUGGGACCUCCCCUCUUCCCUGCAUCACUGAUCAGUGGAGAGAGCCUUAGAGCUAUGGAAUAUUAGGCAACUCUAGUUCCCGAAUAAGACUGCAGUAAUGUCUCACUGACUUCAGAGAGAAUAGUAGAUUGAGCUGAGUUUGUCUACGGCAUACCGUAUGACUGAGGGACAUACUGAGCUGAGUUUGUCUACGGCAUACCGUAUGACUGAGGGACAUACUGAGCUGAAUUUGUCUACGGCAUACCGUAUGACUGAGGGACAUACUGAGCUGAAUUUGUCUACGGCAUACCGUAUGACUGAGGGACAUACUGAGCUGAAUUUGUCUACGGCAUACCGUAUGUCUGAGGGACAUACUGAGCUGAGUUUGUCUACGGCAUACCGUAUGACUGAGGGACAUACUGAGCUGAGUUUGUCUACAGCAUACCGUAUGACUGAGGGACAUACUGAGCUGAAUUUGUCUACGGCAUACCGUAUGUCUGAGGGACAUACUGAGCUGAGUUUGUCUACGGCAUACCGUAUGACUGAGGGACAUACUGAGCAGAGUUUGCCUACGGCAUACCGUAUGACUGAGGGACAUACUGAGCUGAGUUUGUCUACGGCAUACCGUAUGACUGAGGGACAUACUGAGCUGAGUUUGUCUACGGCAUACCUUAUGACUGAGAGACAUACUGAGCUGAGUUUGUCUACGGCAUACCGUAUGUCUGAGGGACAUACUGAGCUGAGUUUGUCUACGGCAUACCGUAUGACUGAGGGACAUACUGAGCUGAGUUUGCCUACGGCAUACCGUAUGUCUGAGGGACAUACUGAGCUGAGUUUGUCUACGGCAUACCUUAUGACUGAGAGACAUACUGAGCUGAGUUUGUCUACGGCAUACCGUAUGUCUGAGGGACAUACUGAGCUGAGUUUGUCUACGGCAUACCGUAUGACUGAGGGACAUACUGAGCAGAGUUUGCCUACGGCAUACCGUAUGUCUGAGGGACAUACUGAGCUGAGUUUGUCUACGGCAUACCUUAUGACUGAGGGACAUACUGAGCUGAGUUUGUCUACGGCAUACCGUAUGACUGAGGGACAUACUGAGCUGAGUUUGUCUACGGCAUACCGUAUGACUGAGGGACAUACUGAGCUGAGUUUGUCUACGGCAUACCUUAUGACUGAGAGACAUACUGGACAUACUAGCCUUUUAGAAGUGCACAAACAUAGAGGCCCUGGCAUAAUGGUUUUCAUUUUUUAAUAUCUGUGUGUUCAGGGCCACAGAGUCACAGUAACGUCUGGUAAUAUCUGUGUGUUCAGGGCCACAGAGUAACAGUAACGUCUGGUAAUUCUCCUUUCCCACGACGUGUACAACUCCCUUUGUGGGUUUGAAAGAAAAUGAUUGGCAUAUGGAAACUCCCUCAAGCCUACGCCAAUCCAAUGAUUUUACAUUUGUGGGGAGUAGUGAAUAAGUGCACACUUCAAGAAGAAGGAGAGAUUAUUGGGAAAAACCCACGGUCUCAGGAUCAUAUAGGCCCACACUGUCAUUAGAUGAUCCCUUUAAAGCCUUGUUUAUACCUGUUUCUAUACUGUAAUUAGAUGAACCCUUUAUACUUGUUUAUACGUGUUUCUAUACUGUCAUUAGAAAAUCCCUCUGAAGCCUUGUUUAUACCUGUUUCUAUACUGUCAUCAGAUGAUCCCCUCUAAAGCCUUGUUCAUACCUGUUUCUAUACUGUCAUUAGAUGAUCCCCUCUAAAGCCUUGUUCAUACCUGUUUCUUUAUUGUUGUUAGAUGAUCCCUCUAAAGCCGUGUUUAUACCUGUUUCUUUAUUGUUGUUAGAUGAUGCCUCUAAAGCCUUGUUCAUACCUGUUUCUUUAUUGUUGUUAGAUGAUGCCUCUAAAGCCUUGUUCAUACCUGUUUCUAUACUGUCAUUAGAUGAUCCCUCUAAAGCCUUGUUCAUACCUGUUUCUUUAUUGUUGUUAGAUGAUGCCUCUAAAGCCUUGUUCAUACCUGUUUCUAUACUGUCAUUAGAUGAUCCCUCUAAAGCCUUGUUUAUACCUGUUUCUUUAUUGUUGUUAGAUGAUGCCUCUAAAGCCUUGUUUAUACCUGUUUCUUUAUUGUCGUUAGAUGAUGCCUCUAAAGCCUUGUUCAUACCUGUUUCAUUAUUGUUGUUAGAUGAUGCCUCUAAAGCCUUGUUCAUACCUGUUUCUUUAUUGUUGUUAGAUGAUGCCUCUAAAGCCUUGUUCAUACCUGUUUCUUUAUUGUUGUUAGAUGAUGCCUCUAAAGCCUUGUUUAGACCUGUUUCUAUACUGUCAUUAGAUGAUCCCUCUAAAGCCUUGUUCAUACCUGUUUCUAUACUGUCAUUAGAUGAUCCCUCUAAAGCCUUGUUCAUACCUGUUUCUAUACUGUCAUUAGAUGAUCCCUCUAAAGCCUUGUUCAUACCUGUUUCUAUACUGUCAUUAGAUGAUCCCUCUAAAGCCUUGUUCAUACCUGUUUCUUUAUUGUUGUUAGAUGAUGCCUCUAAAGCCUUGUUCAUACCUGUUUCUAUACUGUCAUUAGAUGAUCCCUCUAAAGCCUUGUUCAUACCUGUUUCUAUACUGUCAUUAGAUGAUCCCUCUAAAGCCUUGUUCAUACCUGUUUCUUUAUUGUUGUUAGAUGAUCCCUCUAAAGCCUUGUUCAUACCUGUUUCUUUAUUGUUGUUAGAUGACCCCUCUAAAGCCUUGUUCAUACCUGUUUCUAUACUGUCAUUAGAUGAUCCCUCUAAAGCCUUGUUCAUACCUGUUUAUUUAUUGUUGUUAGAUGACCCCUCUAAAGCCUUGUUUAUACUUUUUUCUGUAUUGUUGUUAGAUGAUGCCUCUAAAGCCUUGUUCAUACCUGUUUCUAUACUGUCAUUAGAUGAUCCCUCUAAAGCCUUGUUCAUACCUGUUUCUUUAUUGUUGUUAGAUGACCCCUCUAAAGCCUUGUUUAUAUCUGUUUCUUUAUUGUUGUUAGAUGAUGCCUCUAAAGCCUUGUUCAUACCUGUUUCUUUAUUGUUGUUAGAUGAUGCCUCUAAAGCCUUGUUCAUACCUGUUUCUUUAUUGUUGUUAGAUGAUGCCUCUAAAGCCUUGUUCAUACCUGUUUCUUUAUUGUUGUUAGAUGAUGCCUCUAAAGCCUUGUUCAUACCUGUUUCUUUAUUGUUGUUAGAUGAUGCCUCUAAAGCCUUGUUCAUACCUGUUUAUUUAUUGUUGUUAGAUGAUGCCUCUAAAGCCUUGUUCAUACCUGUUUCUAUACUGUCAUUAGAUGAUCCCUCUAAAGCCUUGUUCAUACCUGUUUCUUUAUUGUUGUUAGAUGACCCCUCUAAAGCCUUGUUUAUAUCUGUUUCUUUAUUGUUGUUAGAUGAUGCCUCUAAAGCCUUGUUCAUACCUGUUUCUUUAUUGUUGUUAGAUGAUGCCUCUAAAGCCUUGUUCAUACCUGUUUCUUUAUUGUUGUUAGAUGAUGCCUCUAAAGCCUUGUUCAUACCUGUUUCUUUAUUGUUGUUAGAUGAUGCCUCUAAAGCCUUGUUCAUACCUGUUUCUUUAUUGUUGUUAGAUGAUGCCUCUAAAGCCUUGUUCAUACCUGUUUAUUUAUUGUUGUUAGAUGAUGCCUCUAAAGCCUUGUUCAUACCUGUUUCUUUAUUGUUGUUAGAUGAUGCCUCUAAAGCCUUGUUCAUACCUGUUUCUUUAUUGUUGUUAGAUGAUGCCUCUAAAGCCUUGUUCAUACCUGUUUCUUUAUUGUUGUUAGAUGAUGCCUCUAAAGCCUUGUUCAUACCUGUUUCUUUAUUGUUGUUAGAUGAUGCCUCUAAAGCCUUGUUCAUACCUGUUUCUUUAUUGUUGUUAGAUGAUGCCUCUAAAGCCUUGUUCAUACCUGUUUCUUUAUUGUUGUUAGAUGAUCCCUCUAAAGCCUUGUUCAUACCUGUUUCUAUACUGUCAUUAGAUUAUCCCUCUAAAGCCUUGUUUAUACCUGUUUCUUUAUUGUUGUUAGAUGAUGCCUCUAAAGCCUUGUUCAUACCUGUUUCUUUAUUGUUGUUAGAUGAUGCCUCUAAAGCCUUGUUCAUACCUGUUUCUUUAUUGUUGUUAGAUGAUGCCUCUAAAGCCUUGUUCAUACCUGUUUCUUUAUUGUUGUUAGAUGAUGCCUCUAAAGCCUUGUUCAUACCUGUUUCUUUAUUGUUGUUAGAUGAUGCCUCUAAAGCCUUGUUUAGACCUGUUUCUAUACUGUCAUUAGAUGAUCCCUCUAAAGCCUUGUUCAUACCUGUUUCUAUACUGUCAUUAGAUGAUCCCUCUAAAGCCUUGUUCAUAACUGUUUCUAUACUGUCAUUAGAUGAUCCCUCUAAAGCCUUGUUCAUACCUGUUUCUUUAUUGUUGUUAGAUGAUGCCUCUAAAGCCUUGUUCAUACCUGUUUCUAUACUGUCAUUAGAUGAUCCCUCUAAAGCCUUGUUCAUACCUGUUUCUAUACUGUCAUUAGAUGAUCCCUCUAAAGCCUUGUUCAUACCUGUUUCUUUAUUGUUGUUAGAUGAUCCCUCUAAAGCCUUGUUCAUACCUGUUUCUUUAUUGUUGUUAGAUGACCCCUCUAAAGCCUUGUUCAUACCUGUUUCUAUACUGUCAUUAGAUGAUCCCUCUAAAGCCUUGUUCAUACCUGUUUCUUUAUUGUUGUUAGAUGACCCCUCUAAAGCCUUGUUUAUACCUGUUUCUGUAUUGUUGUUAGAUGAUGCCUCUAAAUUCUUGUUCAUACCUGUUUCUAUACUGUCAUUAGAUGAUCCCUCUAAAGCCUUGUUCAUACCUGUUUCUUUAUUGUUGUUAGAUGACCCCUCUAAAGCCUUGUUUAUAUCUGUUUCUUUAUUGUUGUUAGAUGAUGCCUCUAAAGCCUUGUUCAUACCUGUUUCUUUAUUGUUGUUAGAUGAUGCCUCUAAAGCCUUGUUCAUACCUGUUUCUUUAUUGUUGUUAGAUGAUGCCUCUAAAGCCUUGUUCAUACCCGUUUCUUUAUUGUUGUUAGAUGAUGCCUCUAAAGCCUUGUUCAUACCUGUUUCUUUAUUGUUGUUAGAUGAUGCCUCUAAAGCCUUGUUCAUACCUGUUUAUUUAUUGUUGUUAGAUGAUGCCUCUAAAGCCUUGUUCAUACCUGUUUCUUUAUUGUUGUUAGAUGAUGCCUCUAAAGCCUUGUUCAUACCUGUUUCUUUAUUGUUGUUAGAUGAUGCCUCUAAAGCCUUGUUCAUACCUGUUUCUUUAUUGUUGUUAGAUGAUGCCUCUAAAGCCUUGUUCAUACCUGUUUCUUUAUUGUUGUUAGAUGAUGCCUCUAAAGCCUUGUUCAUACCUGUUUCUUUAUUGUUGUUAGAUGAUGCCUCUAAAGCCUUGUUCAUACCUGUUUCUUUAUUGUUGUUAGAUGAUCCCUCUAAAGCCUUGUUCAUACCUGUUUCUAUACUGUCAUUAGAUUAUCCCUCUAAAGCCUUGUUUAUACCUGUUUCUUUAUUGUUGUUAGAUGAUGCCUCUAAAGCCUUGUUCAUACCUGUUUCUUUAUUGUUGUUAGAUGAUGCCUCUAAAGCCUUGUUCAUACCUGUUUCUUUAUUGUUGUUAGAUGAUGCCUCUAAAGCCUUGUUCAUACCUGUUUCUUUAUUGUUGUUAGAUGAUGCCUCUAAAGCCUUGUUCAUACCUGGUUCUACUAUUUACACCCAUCUUCAGUAGGGAAUGA